AACGGAGCCGAUAUUUUUUAUUUUUAAGAGUUUUGUGACUAAAAAACAACUCGAGUUAAAGUUAUUUUAAGUCAAUAUUAGUUAUUUGUUAUCGGCGAACAAGCACCGAGGUAAAAUAAAAGUAAACUUGGCUCUAUUUAUAAUGUUUAUUGCUGACUUUUUCUCGGUAUUUUAACGUCAGCAAACCAACGGAGACCAAAAUAUAAAAAUCAAAUGAACCGACGAUGUUUAAAGUAAGAAGUUGACACAAGAGGACAUUUUUGGACAUGGAUUCAGGUAAAGUUGUGCACAGAAGAAAACCGGACAUUCCUCUCAUCAGAUCAAGAGCAUCGGAUAGGAACCAGCACACUGAGGAGGUCAGUGUUAAAAGUCUUGAACUCAGUAAGGUGAUUCAUCUUCUUGAAGAUCCUUUGACAGCUAACUUGAAGGAGAGGCACCUCUUUGUCCUGAAGAAACUACUGAAGAGAUGCCAAAUUGGCUUUCUUUUGAAGGAGCUGACAGGCAUCACCAAAAUACUCAACAUCUGUGCUGAGAAAGUGACGGAUCACCCUGAAUAUGGGCUCAUUUUGUGUGAGGCGCUUUUAAUCUGUAGGCUUCCCUUCCUGAAGGAGAAAGCAUCUGACGAACUGCACUACGCUCAGGACGUCAUAAACUUCCUUUCUCACAUGGGCUGUCUGAUGAGGGUGUCAGAUGCUGAAGUGAGACUUCACAUAGUUGAGUCUGUGACGUCAUUCUACAGUUGUGUGGCUCCUAAACAGCUGCUUGACGGUACGGACCGUCUCCCCAAGCCAAAGCCUCGGACUUUCCACUCUGACAACCGAUUUUCUAGACUUUCACUGAGGCUUCAGCCGACCUCUCCAGGCUACAGGCUGCAGCUGCUGGAGCGCAGUGACCUGGCUAAAACGUUGCUCCUCUCCAUGGCCACGCUGGAGAACCAGCCCGCCAUCAGGCUGCAGCUCCUGCAGACACUUCAGAUCCUCUCCAGCUCCUCUGAUGUAAACUGUGCGUUAAUUCUGAAUGCACAAGGAGCAGAGACCAUCUGUCUCCACAUGAACGAACCCGACCCGUCCGGUCAGGUCCUGUUCCGCUCCUCCGAGGUCCUCUGGAACCUGCUGGAGAGAGGCAGCAAGGAGGUCACGGCUCAGCUCAGCAGCAUGGAGUGUGUCAUAUCUCUGAAAGAAGCGUUUUUUCACCAGCUGAUGAAUGGUUCCCAACAGUCUGACCUCCAACUCAGAAACGGUCUCCUCGUGAUCACAACUCUCAUCGCUGAAAAUCCCAACUCUCUUCUUAUUGAGAGUUCAUUUGCCAAACAGCUUGUGGUUCUCGCCACAUUUCCAGAGCUGAAAAGUCACGACCCUUUGGUCCGUGCCCUCAAGCUCACCUACAAUAACCAAGACUUAAAAAUGAAGAAGUUGCUUUUGCAUCUCUUGGUUGUAAUGUCAAAGGACCCAGCUGCUCUGCAGCUGUAUAAAGAGGAAAGUGUUGUGCUUGCUCUGUUGACACUUAUAAAACCACCCACUGCCUCGUCAGAGCGUCAUUCAGCUUCACGUCAGUGGUCCUCCGUCCAGCAGGAGGAGCUCCAGCUGCAGGCGCUCGCCACCCUCUCCACCAUCGCUCCGCUCCUGUUGGACGACUACAUGUUCUGUCAGGGGAACGCCUGUCAGCUGAUGCUGCUCGACUGGUGCAUCGCUCAAGAUGCUUACUUUGGUCAGGGUCACAGCUCCGAGGCCACAGGAGGAAGAGGCAACCAGAAGCCUCAGAUGCGGCAUUGUAUCAGAAUGCUGCGAAAAAUGACGUCUUUGGGUGAAGAGUCAGUCAGCCAGGACCUUUGUGAUCAAGGGACCAUCAAUCAGCUGCUGGGGAUUUUGAUGCAGAUGGAAGCAAGUCCUCAUGAGGACGAUGUAGUCACCUUGGAGAUGAAGUCCGAUAUUCAACUGAUACUUUCAGCGCUGUGUGAGAGCGACAUGCACAGAAAGGAACUGUUUGGAUCAGAAGGAGUUGAGAUGGUGGUUCACUUCCUGAAAAAAGGCUCCAGCAGUUUCUACAGCGGUCUGGGACACAACAAGCUCAUCCUCUCCACAGUGGACUGUGUGUGGUCCUGUAUUGUUGGCUGCUACACCACAGAAGAUUACUUCCUGGCUAAAGAGGGGGCAUCUCUUCUGUUGGACUUACUCAGUUCGUGCCCCAGGUGUGUUCACUGCAACAUCCUCGCCACCCUGCUGGAGUUAUGUGACAACCCGAACACGCUGUCUCACAUCCUGAGCUGGAGGGACGCCGACGGGCAGACGGCGCCAAGAUUCCUGCUGCAGCUGUGGAGGGACGUGGAGGAGGAGCUGAAAGUCAGCCGAAACCAACACGGAGGGAUCACAGAUCCCCAGAGGCCAAUCCUCAGUUAUCACCAGCAGGAGAGCCCCCAGCUGUCUUUUCCCGCUAACGUACCGAGUGCAGCCGUGUUGGAGCUGUCGGAGAACCUGCGCUCAAAGAUUUACUCCAUCUUCUGCAAACUUGGUUUUCAAGACCUUCCUGGAUUGUCAAGAAAACAUUAUGUGACCUUAAGCAUCGUCAGGAGAUAUCUGGACUUCAAGGUCGGUGAGGUGUGGGACGAGAUCAGCAGGGAGCUGAGUUCUGACGGAGUGAGGCCGAUCAGCCCCGAUCAGGAGGCUCUGAGUACGAUCUGUAAGAUUCCAGAGGACACGGCGAGGAGGGUCGCAGCAGAACAAAACAGCAUCCUGGAGCUGCAAGAGAAGGAGGACAUUGGCGAGGAGGAGCUCAUGUACACAGAGAUUAAGUCACACUGGAAGCAGCGGGAGCUUACAGCAAAGUCGUGGGACAGUUACGUUUCCAAGACUUCAAACUAUGAGAUCCUGAAGGAAGUAAAAGCACAGAGAGAGAAAUACAUCGAAUCAGCCAGAAGCAAACCAAAGAGUGAAGAGGCUGCAGUUCAUCCAGCAAAGCAUUUCAUCGGUCAGGUGCUGUCUGUAGAGAGAACAGAUGCUCCGGGGCCCGCAGGAGUGAAAGUGAAGCUUGCCAGAGCUCCCAUCAAGGCUGCAGGUCAGGUCGAAGUGGGAGCCCGAACAACAAAGGACCCUGAAUACUUCAGCACUGUAUCUGUGAAAGACUGACGUUUAAUACAACGCCUGUACUUUAUUAUUGCACCUUUAUUUUACCCAAACAAAACAAAACAAAACAAACUUUGCAGCACAUUUAUUAUGCAUAUUAUUAUUUUUUUCUUAUAGUUUCUAAUUCAUUCCCAGUGUCUGUAAAUACUGACAUCUUUUUUUGGCAGCAAAUGCAGGCAUGAGGUAAUUUGCUGUGCACAAUCAGCACCUUGUCGUCUCGUCCACCUCCAACCCCCCUUAAACAGACAGGGCAUUAUUAGUCAGACUGGUCUUAUUUCAGCAUGCCUGAUAAAUAGUACAGCUGUAAAAAUAAACAAAUACUCAAACAUCAUAAGUGUUUUUCAGUUAAAAUUGGAAAUACUAUUAUACUAAUAUUGAUUUGUAAUUCUUUUUUUUCAUUCAGAUCAUUAGAUUUAAAUAUGUGAAAAUUUCUUCUGAGAAAUCAUUCUCGGGGCUUGAAGCACUUUAUUUUUUUUUUAUUGAUGCAUAAAACCUGUAAAUACAUGCACCAAAAAUGUUUGACUUUCAACACACAACUUAUAUACUGCAGUAAUUGGUGUAUUUGUACUUUUUUUCUCAGCACAAAAGCAAUAAAUCCUUCCAUAUUAUGACCAUCACAACAUUGAAAACAGUUAACAGAUAAACUGCUAAUUCAUGUUGGCCAUGCCUACAUGUUCAGAAGAGAAUACAUGAAUUGAUGCAUAAAUGUAGAUGAAUAAUAUAUAUUUAUAUAUAUUGAAUGGUAAAAACCUGCAUUUACAGGAGAAUAUUAUUACUUGUGAUGUCAGGCCUUGUAAACAUGUUAUAUUAUCAUCAUUACAUGUUUCAACUUAAAUAAAGUCUAAAAAUAAGUAAGAAAAAACAAAGCACUUCAUAAGACCAGGCCUGGUGUGAAUACAUGAAAAAUAAAUAUAAUCUUGCUGAUUUCCAGUCAGUUACAGUAACAAAUCACACAAACUAAGGCGCAGAAAUAUAAAACACAAUUUUCCGUGCGCUACAGUGAAUGUGCAUGGCGUAUUUC